AUGCUCCCAUUAAGUCACAGUCGUUACCUCAAUGGCUUACAAACAAUUAUUAAUCGUUGCCCUGUGCAUUGUGGUUUGCUUGGCAAACCUUAGCGAUGCCAAAGUGUAUUCCAAAUGCGAGUUUGCCAAACAAAUGAAGAGAAAUGGAAUAAGUGACCGUCACCAGUUGGGCACUUGGACCUGUAUCGCCUAUCACGAGUCCAGAUUCAAUACCAAGUCAAUUAAUCAUCAAACGGGCGAUUAUGGUAUCUUGCAAAUUAGCCAUUUGUAUUGGUGUUCCGAUGGAAAUACACCCGGUAAGGGAUGCCAUGUGACGUGUAAGUCCCUCUUGGUGGAUGAUAUCACCAAGAGUAUCCGUGCCAAAAAAGUGUAUGCGGAGCAUCAAAGGAUGCGUGGAAACGGAUUUACGGCUUGGGUGGCCUACAAGCAUUGCCAUGGGGAUCAAACUAAAUGGAUCAGUGGAUGUCAUCUCUGAGAGUUUUAUUUUAAUGUAUUGCGAUGAAAUAAAUAAAUAUUCUGUCAAAGCAA